AUGGAGGACACACAGGAAGAUCUUUCUCCCGCCCCCUCUGGCCAGAACAGCCCUUCCGUCUCCAUCAGCUCGUCCCCUUCCCAGUCCCUUCCCUCCACCCCUUCCUCUUCAUGUGGACCCCCCCAGACAGCCACGCCCCCUCUGUGCGUCAUCAGCGAGGGCGUCAGCGAGCUGAGCCUGGUGAUAGACCCUGAGGUGGCCCAGCGAGCGUGUCGGGAGGUCCUACAGAAGGUGAAGCUGGGGCAGGUGGACGCCGAGCCCGACCAGCGACAAAACGGGCCGGCGACGGACAAGGCCUCCCACGCUCCUCCCACGCCCGCCAUCAAGACGCCACAGAUCCGCGAGGAGGAUGACGACCCGACGGGCCCAGCGCCCGGCUCGGUGAAGAGCGCGCGGCGUCGGCAGAGACACAACCCCUCCAAACAGUCGUGGCUGCUGCGCCUUUUCGAGUCUAAGCUGUUUGACGUUUCCAUGGCGAUCUCCUACCUGCACAGCUCCAAGGAGCCCGGCGUGCAGGCGUACAUCGGGAACCGGCUCUUCAGCUUCCCGCACGAGGACGUGGACUUCUACCUGCCGCAGCUCCUCAACAUGUACAUCCACAUGGACGAGGACGUCGGCGACGCCAUCAAGCCUUACUUGGUGCACCGCUGCAGGCAGAGCAUCUCUUUCAGCCUGCAGUGCGCCUGGCUGCUGGGAGCGUACUCCUCCGACAUGCACAUCUCCACACAGCGCCACUCCAGAGGAACCAAACUCAGGAAGCUCAUCCUGUCAGAUGAACUCAAACCCUCCGGGCCCCGAGCCAGAAGGGAGCUGACUCUGACCCCGUUCUGCCCCGCGGCGUCCCCCGGGGGCCUUACGACGGAACACGCCCUGUCUCCGUCCAAACGGACCCAUCAGCGCUCCAAAUCUGACGCCACGGUCAGCAUCAGUCUGAGCAGCAACCUAAAGAGGACGGCUAGCAACCCGAAGGUGGAGAGCAGCCAGGACGAGGACAGCGCUUCCAGCUCCGACAGUCUGGAGUUGGAUUCUGGUCCCCCGGUGCGCCUGGCUCCUCAGAGGGAGUUCAUGAAAUCCCUGAUGGGGAUCGGGAAGCGGCUGGCCACGCUGCCCACCAAAGAGCAGAAGACCCAGCGGCUGAUCUCCGAGCUGUCGCUGCUCAACCACAAGCUCCCGGCUCGGGUCUGGCUGCCCACCGCCGCCUUCGACCACCACGUGGUCCGGGUGCCGCACACGCAGGCCGUCGUGCUCAACUCCAAAGACAAGGCUCCGUACCUGAUCUACGUGGAGGUUCUGGAAUGUGAGAACUUCGAGACGUCCAACGUUCCGAUGAGGAUCCCGGAGAACCGGAUCAGGAGCACGCGUUCAGUGGAGAACCUGCCGGACUGCGGCAUGAUGGUGGAGCAGCGAGCCGGAAGCCUCUCUGUCGUCCCGAACUACGACAACAACGACGAAGCCUGGUCUGUGGACGACAUCGGAGAGCUCCAGGUGGAGCUCCCAGAGGGCCACGCCAACAGCUGCGACAACAUCAGCCAGUUCUCAGUGGACAGCAUCACCAGCCUCGACAGCAAGGAGCCCGUCUUCAUCGCCGCUGGAGACAUCAGGCGCCGUCUGUCCGAGCAGCUGGCCCAGGCCCCCACCACCUUCAAACGGGACCCGGAGGACCCGUCAGCUGUGGCCCUGAAGGAGCCUUGGGAGGAGAAGGUCCGGAGGAUCAGGGAAGGUUCUCCUUAUGGUCACCUACCAAACUGGAGGCUUCUGUCGGUCAUUGUGAAGUGCGGCGAUGACCUGAGGCAGGAGCUGCUCGCCUACCAGGUGCUGCAGCAGCUGAAGUCCAUCUGGGAGCAGGAGCGCAUUCCUCUCUGGAUCAAGCCCUAUAAGAUCCUGGUCCUGUCCCACGACAGUGGGAUGAUCGAGCCCGUAGUGAACGCCGUGUCCAUCCACCAGGUGAAGAAGCAGAGCCAGCUGUCUCUGCUCGACUACUUCCUGCAGGAACACGGCGCUCAGACCACGGAGGAGUUCCUCACUGCUCAGAGGAACUUCGUCCAAAGCUGCGCCGGUUACAGCCUCAUCUGCUACCUGCUGCAGGUCAAAGACAGGCACAACGGGAACAUCCUGCUGGACGCCGAAGGACACAUCAUCCACAUCGACUUCGGCUUCAUCCUGUCCAGCUCUCCCAGGAACCUCGGCUUCGAGACGUCCGCCUUCAAACUGACGGCGGAGUUUGUGGAUGUGAUGGGCGGCCCAGAUGGAGACAUGUUUAACUACUACAAGAUGCUGAUGCUGCAGGGGCUGAUUGCAGCCAGGAAGCACAUGGACCGAGUGCUGCAGAUUGUAGAGAUCAUGCAGCAAGGUGAGCAAACAGGGCGUCCCACUACGCCCCUGUUCCCGUACCGCCGCCCACCUCAGCUUUCUCUGUGGUUUUUCCCAGGCUCCCAGCUGCCUUGCUUCCACGGCUCCAGCACCAUGCGAGGCCUGAAGGAGCGUUUCCACAUGUCCCUCACUGAGGAGCAGCUGCAACUACUGAUCGACCAGCUGGUGGACGGAUCCAUGAGGUCCCUCACCACCAAACUGUACGACGGCUUCCAGUAUCUCACCAACGGCAUCAUGUGACCUCCGCCACACGUUCUGGGAAUUCUCCGCGCUUUUAGAAACUCUUCUUCUUUAAUUCCAGCUUUGUGUUUGUUGUCCUUUUCCUUUAGUUUCUUCUUCCUAAUUUUUUAAAUCUCCGUCUUCCUCCUCUUAUGCUUUGUUGUUCUGAACUGGGUGGAGGCUUCUGAUUGGCUGAUCAGGAGGACUUCUGGCCAAUCGGAGAGCAGCCCAGUUUUAGUUGAACUGUGAACAGUGAGCAGGACGUUUGAACGGACCUCUGUGUGUUUUCCAUGACUGACGUCUGUGAAUGUUUGAGCCAUUAAAACCAGCCAGUGUCCACCUGCA